GCAGGAGACGCCCCGGGGAGUUUUGGGGUUGCUGGCAGUUUCCUGCCAGGUGAGUCACGGCCGCAGUAGCCUCGAGCCCAAGGAGCUGUGCGGGGCCGCUGGCGCUUUCAGGAAGUGAAACGGGCACCAGGAAAACACCUCGACAGCCUCUAGCCACGCAAGCCCGACCACGCACGUCCCUGGCCAGGCCAGCAUGGCGCAACAGCCGACACCCCAGAUGGACGCGAGCAGCUCUUGAAAACCCGCUGCGCCGACACCGGGCUCAGAGAGCGCCCAAGCGACGCUGCCAGCAGGACAGGCAGGAGCAGGCAGCCGAGCACCACAGCGCUCAACAGAUACCGGCAGGUUUUUGCAGUCAGCAGUGGAGAUGGCAUUCGUCCCUGAUUUGGACACGUUGGAGAGCAGCAGCCUGAAUGAGGAGACAUUUUAUGGCCUCGACUGCCUCUGCCUGCAGAAGGUAACACUGGAGUGGUGGGAACGGCUAGACCUCCAUGAUGGGGAAGCCAGGGUCUCACCCCAUGUCCCCUUUCCUCCCCAGAAACCACGCCUGGACUUGGAGGUGACAUCACCUGGGGUGGACAUCCAGGUGACACUGACCAAGGGACACCCUGCCAGGACCUUUCGCCAGGCCGCUGUCCUUGUGGUUGCCAUGACCAAGCUCCUGAAGCAGCCAGCACACAAGGACUUUGCCGACAGUGACCUUGGGGGCUUCCUGGAUGACAUUUUUGGUAUGGGAACAUGGUGUCGGGGGUGUCACCCCAGCCAGGGCAUGUUCUUGGGGGAUGUUCUUGGAUCCGGGUCCAUCAGCAUCCCCCUGACCGUCUCCUUCCCUGCAGAGCCCGUCUCCUUCCAGCAAAUCGAGGGCAGCUACGCUGGGGCGCCCGUCUACCGCUACACCCGCUCCCAGUCCUUUGACAUCCUCGACAUCGACCACAAGUGCUUCGUGCUGGAAUCGCCCACCCAGCUGGUGGCCCUGCACCUGCAGGGACCCUCCGCCGGGCGGAAAGUGAAGCUCAACAUCGCUCUGUACCGUCCCCGAUCAUCGCAGGGUGGCCCAGGGAACGGGCGGGUGCCAGUGGCAUUGGGCAUCAAGGGCUACCAACUCUAUAUGUCAUGUGUGAUGAGUGGUACCAAGCCCGUGCUGCAGCUGGAGGAAGCUGACAUCAGGAGAGACAUCGAGAGCGUAGAGCUGACCCGCUUCAUCUUCUACCGCCUGGACAGCCCGGCCGAGGGGACCACCCGCUUCGAGUCGGUCGCCUUCCCUGGCUGGUUCAUCUGCACCUCCCUGCAGCCCCGUCAGCCCGUUGGCAUCACCAACCAGCCCGACCAGGUCAACAUUGCCACCUAUGAGCUCAGCGGGCGCUGAGGAGCUCCCGCACCCAACCCAACCGGCAGUCACCGGUUUUCAGGCCGUAUGUACCGAGUACAAACCCCCCAGCCAGGACCCCCGUCCUCUCCAUCUAUUUCACGUGAAAUAGCAGCUCUGGGCCCCGUGAGCCCAAGUCACCCCAAUUUAUAUUUAUUUAUUGUGUCUGUCCAGUGCUUUUAUACUUAUUUAUUGUGCCCAUCCCUUGCUUUUAACUUAUAUCCCUUUCAUUGGAAAUAUUGUAGUUUUUGUUACCGGGAAUGGGGGUAUUUGUUGGUGAUGGAGGUGGAAAUAAAAAAUUUCCCAGGAUGGC